AUGGCGCUUCCCUCUGACCGCUUCGCUGUAUACGUGGCGUCUCAAGUCAUUUUCCUGUGCGCGGCAUCGGCCAAUUUGGACGGCGUCUCCUCGCUGCUGCAGCCUUACGACUUUUUGUACUACAAGGGCGUCCGCUCGUACUUCAGCGGAGAGUGGGUCAAGGCCGCCGAGCUGCUGGAGAGGUCCAUUGCGACCAAAGAGGCUCUGUUCCAAAUCCGAAGGCAGUGUUUUGAGGAGUGCGGAGCGGCGGGAGGAGGUGCACUCCGAAAACUAGGCAACGAAGACGGGAGCCUAUGGGACCUCUGGGCCCUGGACUGGGUGCAGAAGAAGGCGGAGUGCUUGAGGUUCUGCAUGGGACGUUCGGUCAGCUAUGUAGGACAGCUUCCCGUUUCCACGGACAUCGAGUACGAGUUCGGCUCCCGCAACCCGUACAACUUCCUGCAGGUUACGUAUUAUAAGCUAGAAAAGUUGCAGAAGGCUGCGGCAGCAGCCCAGACCUACUUCGUGGCCAACCCAACUCACCUGGAAAUGAGGAACAACAUCGAGAAGUACAGAAGGAUGGAGGGAGUGAGCGACGAAGCCUUUUACGACCGAGAGAUGGACAGCGAAAAGCACUGGCUGCUGUACGAUUUGGCACUUCAGCUGGAGGCGUCAUCCGAGUGGGCGCUGGCAGUGGACAAAUGGCGAGCGUGCGUGAAUGAAACGCUGCGUCAGAUCGAGGACUGCAGGGUGCAGUGCGUGGUGGCCGGACAGCGCUUGCCCUUGGACAGAGGAGUGGACAGCGUCGACGGCGUUUUCGAGAAGGCGGCGGCUCUUUCCCUCGCACUGCUGUCGUCCCAGCAGUCGUGCGUGACUCAGGUGGCCACCCGUCCCGGCAGGAUCUCCUCUCAGGACGACUUCCUGCCCACUCAGCUCGAGCACAUGCACAUCGCGCAAUUUAAAGCUGGAGACGUAAGAGGCGCAGUGCAAACGCUUCGCUCCCUGCUCCUCUUUUACCCCUCAGACAAGGACUCCAUAGACAACUUGCAGCUCUACCAGGAGUCACUAGGAGGAGACAUAGAGUCACUGGACCUGCAGCCUACUCAGAAGAUCGAGAACUAUGUCAAACGCUCGUUGGAGGAGAAGAAGCUUCUUUAUUUCGGGAUGGAGAACCUAAAUUACACUUUUACUGACCCAGAUCUUUGGACACCAGAGGAUGUCGUCCCAGAAGCCCUGAGGGAAAUGUGGAAAGCUGAAAAGGAGAAGAUGACUGGAAAAACUCAAGAGGAAGAGCAGCAAGAGGAGGUUGACGACAGCGGCUUCUAUGCAGGCGGUCCAGUCCGUCAGGUGGGGGUGACCAUCACCAUGGACGACCUGCUCCUAAACGGGACCAACCGGGUGGUCCUCGACGGGGUCAUGACGGACAAGGAGUGUGACAGGAUGUUGCAGCUGGCAGCAGCAGCUGCAUCAGCAGGAGAUGGUUACCGGGGGCGACGGUCGCCGCAUACGCCUCACGAGACACUAGAUGGCCUUACUUUGCUCAGAGCUGUGAAGCUGGCUCAGGACGGCCUGGUCAACCAAACAGAUGCAAAGUUGUUGCAUGAGCUGGGUGAGCGAGCGCGCAUGCUGCUUCAUUCCUACUUCAGGAGCCCCUCGGGACUCUUCGUGGCGUUCACGCACCUCGUCUGUCGGAGUGCCACUGCAGCAGGUGACCAAGAGGGCCGAAUGGACUUGUCUCACCCGGUCCACGUGGACAACUGUCUCCUUGAGCCGGACACCAGGCAGUGCUGGAAGGAGCCGCCCGCCUUCAUACACAGGGACCUCAGCGCCAUUCUCUACCUGAAUGACAACUUCGACGGGGGCGAGUUGUUCUUCACCACCACGGAUGCCAAAACCGUCACGGCCCGAGUCAAACCGACGUGCGGCCGUCUGGUUGGCUUCUCGUCGGGACCCAUCAAUCCGCACGGCGUUACCGCGGUGACCAAAGGUCGCCGCUGCGCGUUGGCUCUCUGGUUCACCAAAGAGAAGAUCUACAGGGACAUGGAGCGAGAGGAGGUGGAGAACGGUUGGGCUCCCGACGGGCAGGGCGUGGCCAAGUCGGGCGACAAGGAUGGCGACGGAGCCCCCGCCCCUCGAAACGUUCGCAACCAAGCGCCGGCCAAGGGCAGACCGAGAGGACGGGUGACGGCGGGCAAAGAUGAACUGUGACUGUGAGCCUCUCAGCUGCUUGCCUAACGCUUGCUUCGCUUUGGAGUUCACUGGCUUCUUAUGGAUUUUUUGGAACUUUGUUUAUUUUUUCAAGAUGUAUUUGGCAAAGAUCACAUUUCGAACACUGCAUUUUUUUUUUACCAUCAAAUUUAAACAAAUAUAUAUUUAAUUCUGGUGGAUUUUAUAACUGUGCCAUCUAAAUUUGAAUAUGGAAUUCUCACUGAAUUUUUUUUACUCCUCAAAUUUCUAGCAUUCCUUUACCGUAAUUCCCGGCCUACAGAGCGUACCUGGUUACAAGCCUCACCGAGUACAUUUGCAAAGGAAAUACCAUUUGGUACAUACAAACGCCACAGCUGUGUAAAAACCGCAAGUGCCAACUUUGAAACACGAGAUAUUUGCAAAGAAAGACGGUACACAAAAAGAGUUUAACGCGAGCGCGGUUCUAACGCUAACAGGGCCAGUUAAAAUAAAACUUACCGGUAAAUGUCGUUGAGACACGCCAAUAACACAGCAGCCACACGCUAGCAAAGCGCCAACACUAGCCUAACGCUAACAGGACCGGUAAAAGUCACUUCCUCGGCACAUAUAUUCCACCGGUCUCAUUUUUACCUUUUCUACUCGAGUGCCCCCUUGCGACCGUUAGAAAAAAAAUGCACAAAUUAACUGCAUCACCGCUUAAACCGCAGGGUUGAAAGCGUGUGAAAAAAGCCGCGGCUUGUAGGCUGGAAAUUACGGUAUUUUUUUUUUCUAUCGAGAUGCGUGCAAUGGAAGUUUGUCUGAUUCUGCGUCUUGAAAAUGGAAAUUUGAAUUUCUAACCCAUCGAACAUACAGUGUGAAAAAUUCUACUUCCUCUAUUCAACUCCAGGCUCAGGUGUCACAGAUCGAUAUCCUGCGGUGCUUUUGGGUCGUCAAGAGUUUGAAAUUCAAUUUAAGACAUUACUUUUUUUGACACUGAAUAUUUCUGACUGUAGAAAUUCCGGUGGGGAAAACAUCUGUCAGAAAUUCCAAGUUUUUUUCUUUUCGUUACCACCAAAGAACAACUGUGCUCUGUCCCCCUCCCCUCAAAAAAAAACACACACACACAAAAAAAAGUAUGGACACCCCAUAUUCUCCAUGCUGUAUUUAUGGAAGAACCCUAUGUGUUUUCAGUGAAGUUUGACAUGUUUUUUGAGUAUUUAUUAAUGACACUGUUCAGUACAUCCUAGUUUUAUUGAUGUGUGUUUGUGUGGGUGUACUGUACUGUAUUUAUACUUACUAUGAAGUAAGUAAAGUUUUUGUGAUCUUUU